AUGGCCGUUCCUAUAGGUUUCAGACUGGAAAAAGCCUCGCCUGAGGACAUGAAAGAUGUCUUUGCGUUAAUGAUGGAUGCAUACGUUGACGACGAGGUCUGGCAAACGACGGUGAAGGAUUGUGACCAGAAAGAGAUCUUACCCUGGACUCUCAAGACUUUCACGCCAAGGUGGACGAUGCCAGAUAUCGAGACCUAUAAGAUAAUUGAAGAGAAGUCGGGUAGGCUAGCCGCCUGGGCAUCUUUUCAAACACCAUGGAAGUAUGUCUCAGCGAUGACUCCGGAGUUGAAGACUAUAGCGCAGUCCAAAGAAGUUCCUCCAGCGCUACCAGGAACCAAUAUGGAAGCGUUCCAAAGCUUAUUUGAGAUGCUUAAUGGCGCCUACAAGUAUGGCUACAACCCAGAAGAAGACUAUCACCGAAAGGGCACUACUGUCCAUCCCGACUUUCAAAAGAAGGGUCUAGGCACAGCUCUUACCGUGUUUUGGAAUGAUAUCGCGGAUAAAACUACGGGCGACAAGACUUGGUGUCCUUGCCGGCCAACUUCGAUCAAGAUGUUCAGAGAUCAUGGAUUUCAAGAUGUGGGCGAGAUCGACUCCCAAUUGGAACGCUGGGGAGGAUCCAGAGCAAAUAGCAUUACCUACAUCACGGUCCGACAUGGACCAGGCUCUGAAGCCGAAGCCAGUGGAACAGCAGUAGCUUGA